CGACGGACGCAUCGGCUCGAUGUAUGACGGCCCCAGGAAGGCGGAGCGCCGCCGGUGGCAGGUCGACGUGGGUAACGCAGCUCGUUCCGGUGUCCCGGAAGCUCAGCGCUCUGGAACGAGUGUUUCCGGAAGACGUGGCUGUUGAUGCUGUCCGUGGUAGCUGUCAUCCUACCCAUUAUCAGAGAGAUAUUACCAGAUUGCUUUUAGUUUAUUGGUUUCUCUGUUUUUUUUCCCUUACUUACCGGUGGAGCGUCGAGAUGAUUUCGCUAACGGAUUCCCAAAAGAUUGGAAUUGGAUUAACAGGUUUCGGCGUGUUUUUCCUCUUCUUUGGGAUGAUCCUGUUCUUUGACAAAGCCCUUUUGGCCAUUGGAAAUAUCUUGUUUGUCGCUGGCCUCGCCUUUGUCAUCGGCCUGGAGAGGACGUUCCGCUUCUUCUUUCAGAAGCACAAGUUGAAGGCCACCAGCUUCUUCCUGGGAGGGGUGUUUGUAGUUCUCAUCGGCUGGCCCAUCAUUGGAGUGGUGCUGGAGGUCUACGGGUUUUUCCUCCUCUUCAGGGGCUUCUUCCCAGUCAUUGUAGGCUUCAUCCGAAGAAUACCGGUCCUGGGUUCCAUCCUAAACCUGCCGUUCAUCAGCGCGCCUUCCUAAGUUUCCGAGGAUAAUCGGCGGCUGUGUACGUGGACAACAGCGAGAGCAACACCAUGGUAUAACUGAGACUUUUUGCACCCGGUUCGACCUCGGCAGGUUUUUCUGACCCAGUCCCUUGUUGAUCCUGAAUUCAAGCGGCUGUAGUUAAACGAUGGGAUUUUCCCCCCCGUACAAGACAAAGACCUUUUUGUACUACCGGCCUGGGCUAUUCCACCACUCCGGCUCCUCAGCUCGGCUUCACCCACGUGUCUUUAUAGGACGGAUUCACCAAAGUCACUACAAUGUUAUCAUAAGUCCCCUCGAUUCCUCCCCCUAACUUUUGACCACGUCUUGUCUAAGAAUGUUGGAGGUAGACCUUUACAGCCUUAUCGAUCAUCAAACUUAAUGCCAGACGCUUCCACAGGCAGGAGGAGUUGGGCCCCCGCUUGCCAAGUUUGAUUUCUGUGCCACUGCUCUAGCCUCAUAUGGAAGUUUUUUUGUUUUUUUUUUUCAUUGCAGUAAUUCUAUUACCGUGUCGUUAUUUGUCCCAUGAACCUGUCUGAUACUUCAUUUGUUUUAAGUCAUGGUCGACAGAUACUGCUUAAGGAUAAAUUAUUUUUAAAAAA